UUCAUGUGUUGUUAUUGUGUGUACCUUUAAAUCAUACUAAAACCCCCCCUUUGAACAACUCAAGCGUCACUAUUUCACAAAACCAACAAAAAUACACUUCAAUAAAAACAUCCCAAACAUGUCCUAAAUCGUCACAUACCCCUUCCCAACUCCACAUUCACGACACCUGGCAUUCUCACAUUAAUCCCACUCAAAUCUUUUCCAUUUUUUUAUUUUAUUUAUUUUAUUUUUUUAAGUAACAUUUUACGGCCUUCCAUUUCUGAUUUCCCUCCUUCCUCACAUCGUUCCCUCCGCAUCUUUCUCUCUCCUCUCCCUUCACAAAAAAUGGAGAGCUUAUUCCUCCACCCCACUCUCUCUCUCUCCUCCACCACCACCACCACUAAAACCACCGUCAAAACCACCGCAUUCCUCCGGUCCACCACCACCACCACUUCCCUCCACCACCGCCGACCCCUCUCACUUUCUCUCUCCUCCAAACCCCUCCUCGCCAUCAAACCCCUCAACGCCGCCGCAUCCUCCUCCUCCUCCUCACCCGCACCACCACCUUCCCCCGCCGCCAAAACCACCGCACCACCGCCUCCCACCGGCGCAAAACUCAUCCCCUUCAUAAUCUCAAUCUCAAUCGGACUCAUCCUCCGUUUCGCAAUCCCUAAACCAGCAGAACUAACCCUCCAAGCAUGGCAACUCCUCGCCAUUUUCCUCUCCACAGUCGCCGGACUUGUCCUCAGUCCUCUCCCCGUCGGAGCCUGGGCUUUCCUCGGAGUCACCGCCUCCGUCGUCACGAAAACACUCCCAUUCCCCACCGCGUUCUGCGCGUUUACCAACGAAGUAAUCUGGCUUAUUGUCAUCUCCUUCUUCUUCGCUCGAGGAUUCGUCAAAACCGGGCUCGGUGAUCGCAUUGCUACUUACUUUGUUAAGUGGUUGGGAAAGAGUACUUUGGGUUUGUCUUAUGGACUUGCUAUUUCUGAAGCUCUUGUUGCUCCUGCUAUGCCGUCUACUACUGCUAGAGCUGGGGGGAUUUUUUUGCCGAUUAUUAAGUCGCUUUCGCUUUCUUCCGGGAGUUUGCCUGGUGGGGAGUCUAGGAAGAAGCUUGGGUCUUACCUUAUUAUGACUCAAUUUCAGUCUGCCGGUAACUCUAGUGCUCUUUUCCUAACUGCUGCAGCUCAAAAUCUGCUGUGUCUCAAAUUAGCUGAGGAACUUGGUGUGAAGAUUGCAUCUCCAUGGGUUUUUUGGCUUAAGACUGCCAGUGUACCAGCAUUUGUCGCACUCUUGCUUACUCCACUUAUUCUGUACAAGCUCUAUCCUCCUGAACUUAAAGACACCCCAGAAGCCCCUGCUUUAGCUGCUGAAAAGCUCAAGAAUAUGGGGCCUGUCACAAGAAAUGAAUGGGUGAUGGUUGGUACAAUGCUUCUUGCAGUUUCGCUCUGGGUCUUUGGGGAGCGAAUUGGUGUUUCAAGUGUUGUUGCUGCUAUGCUCGGACUGUCAGUGCUCCUGUUGUUGGGAGUAUUGAAUUGGGAUGAUUGUUUGAAUGAAAAGUCGGCAUGGGAUACUCUUGCCUGGUUUGCUGUGCUGGUGGGUAUGGCUAGCCAGUUGACCAACCUUGGUAUUGUAUCCUGGAUGUCUGGUUGUGUUGCCAAGAGCUUGAAGACGAUGAAUUUGAGCUGGCCUGCUGCAUUUGGUAUCCUUCAGGCAGCAUACUUUUUCGUCCAUUACCUAUUUGCUAGUCAAACUGGCCAUGUUGGAGCACUGUACUCUGCCUUCUUGGCCAUGAAUAUAGCAUCUGGUGUUCCUGGUGUGUUGGCGGCUUUGGGCUUAGCAUACAAUACUAACUUAUUUGGAGCACUUACACAUUAUAGCAGUGGCCAAGCAGCAGUAUAUUAUGGAGCUGGCUACGUGGACCUUCCUGAUGUAUUUAAAAUGGGUUUCAUUAUGGCGCUCGUAAACGCUGUCAUCUGGACUGUUGUCGGGGGAUUUUGGUGGAAGAUAAUAGGUCUCUACUAACAUUACUGUUUUGUUAAGAGGUUUAAUUUCCCCCAUGUAUAAUGCCCCAUUUCACAGGAUACGGACGGUUACAUUUGCUGGAAAUACCAGCCACAUUCUUUUUGAGUCUAGUCAGAGUUGGAUCAUAGUUUCUUGAAUGGUGGAGGUUUGACAAAGAUGAAGCAAUCCUGAUGUAGAAUUUCAAAUUUUAUUAGUGCAGCGAUUGUAAUGAGGAGAGUUGUCUUUUCU